CCCUAAGACCAAAAAAAAAAAAAAGAAGACAAUCUUCUCGACCCGGACACCCACAAGAAUGACCCGACCGGAAAUCUGUCUUCAGGCGACGUUACGGCGGCGAACCUGUGCCGUUUAACUCGCCUUAUCAAAGCCGACCUGUCUCAUCUCUUGGUUCGUCCCAUCUCAGAACGAGGAAGGAGAAUCGAAGCUGCAAAGCUUCCAGCUUUCGGACUGGUUUAAGCAAUUUCGGGCUAUUCGGCGAUGAUUAGACAUGCCUGAGCUUCUUCUUCUUCGGUCCAAUUUGUUUCUGAAAUUGCAAUGUGGAAUCAGUGGGAGGAGUGGAGGAGAUGUAAUACACAAUUCCGAAAAAUUGAAAUUGCAGUUUUUUCCUGCAUUGAUUGAAAGUGCAGCUUGUUUCUGGACCCACGACGUCGGAUUCCUUGGUAUCACUGUUUCACUCGCGAGAAAACCGGGCGUGAUUUUCACGCGCCCCAGGUGGACCACCGUCCAUAGUAGAAUUUUAGCAAAAGGUAAAUUUUGUAUCAGAUUGUAUUUCUGAUAUCUUGUUUGUUUGCUUGGUAGUGUUUCAAUAGUAUCAAAAAAAAAAACCUGUUUGCAUGUUGGACUAGAUUCUCACUUUCUCCUACCACCUGGUGCAAUUUGGACAGAAAAAGGGUGCUAACAUAUAUCAAAUCCUCUUAUGUUUUCGUGUUGUACUCCUCGUCAUGCACAUACAUGAACAUUCCUGACUCCACACAUACACGUAAUGUCAGUUGCCCCAAACUGACGUUGAUGGUGGCUGAAUUCGUUGCAACAGUAAUUGCUGUAGUGACUAGUGUCUAUGCAAGUUUAGGACAUCAUAGGCCUUUUACUGUAUCAAUGGCAAAUGCUGGCCGAAACACAAAUGGAUCUCAGUUCUUAAUCACCAGAGUGGCUACUCCUUGGCUCGACAACAAGCACACAGUUUUUGGAAGAGUGAUCAAGGGAAUGGAUGUCGUUCAGGCCAUAGAAAAAGUAAAGACAAACAAGGAUGACAAGCCCCACCAAGAUGUGAAAAUUCUAAAUGUUACUGUCCCCAAGUCUUAAAAUUAUCAUAGAUGGUAGACCAGUUUUCUGUCUGAACAAGGUUGAUGGUUAUUUUGGUGACAUUUGGCGGGAACAGAUUGCAUCCAGGUAUUUUUAUAUCCAUCUUUUUACUUGUGGUCACCAUUGGUUCAGCAAUGUAAGGAUGAGUAAAUCGGAUCUAAAAACAGGAGGUAGCUAGGAAAGUGGAACAUAGGAGCAUGUAUUACAUUGUUGGGGAGGAAGAAGGUACUAGUGUUGGUCACUUGCUCUUUAGUACUAUGAGAUUUCUGAAGCUGAACUUGCCGCCUACCGUUUUGUCUGUGGUUCACAUUUUUGAUAUAUGCAUGGCUGCAUCCCAGUAGAUCCCAGCUAAAGAUAAAACUUAGCUGCUGAUGUGUACUUACCCAAACUGUUCCAGGUUCAACUCCCUGGCAUGACAACAGCCAUUAAUGAAAUUUUUAGCUUCAGAGUUUCUAAUCAGCUCUGUGUCAAAGUUCUCAUUUGGUGAUGCUGACAUUUUGCGCUGGUUUUAUGAUUGAUUGAAUAAAACUUGUGAAACAGAUUGCAUCUAUUGGACUUGGGACUUGAUAA